GUUGGUGGCAGUAAUACAUCUUGUGACAGUGAGUGACGUUCUUGAGGAGAAAGCCUACAAAAGAAGAAGAAAAUGGAUCCAGGAAGUGCAAGCUAGCUAACCAUCUGUCUUGUGUAAUAGGUCUAGUUUUCAUGUUUCAUUAAGAUAAAUAUGACAUUAUAUUAGGUAGAUUUAUAUUGUAGAGAGAAAUGCCUUUGCUAAUACAAAAUAGAAGAAUCGAACGACCAGGUUCGACAGUCGAUUUGUUCGCCAGAUAUCCGCAUUUGCAGGAAAAUGCCCGAGUAUUUCGGUCCAAGCCGGUUGUAGAUGUCGACCCGAAGUGCCUCCUAUACAUACAGCAACGAGAGUUUGCAGCCACAACACCAGCGGACAACUCUGUCGCUGUCCUUGGUUCUGAUGAUGCAACCACCUGCCACCUAGUUCUGGUGCGACACACAGGAAGUGGAGCUGCUUGCCUUGCUCACUGUGAUGGCUCCAGCACGUGGAGUGAGGUUCCCCUCAUCGUCAAAGCUGUCACAUCUCUGAGCAAGGACCCUGCGAAGGAGGGCAGGCUGGAGCUCCACCUCGUUGGAGGAUUUGAUGAUGAGUCAAAGACGUCCCACAAACUCAGCCUUAACCUAUUGUCGGCCUUCCAGAGACAGAAAGAGGAUAUUCACCUGGAGACCUGCUGCAUCACAGAGAUGAAUGAUGUCUUAUUGGACGGAGCGCACAGACCGGGUGUGCAUGGCAUAGGUAUAAAUAUUAAAACAGGGGAGGUGUUCCCCGCCUCGUUCCCUUACAAAGGACCCGCGGAGGAGCUGCGAUCAGCACGGACAUUCACUGGGGGCCAGAUGGCUGAUAUAUAUGACUCGAACAAAGGAGUUGUGAAGAUCGGCCCAUGUAAGUGGUCCCCGAAUCUAGAUAUUUCCUUCUGGCUGUCGCAAGACGAUGACACCAUCUUAAAGUACCUAUCCACGUCCCCUACGGCUGAGCCACCACACUUUGUCCAGCACAUCAAGUCCACCAUCCAGUUCCUCCUGGAGCACCCCAGUUCAGACAGUGUCUUCCCUGGAGGACAGCCCCAGCACUACCGCAGAACAGAGCAGGGGGACUGGGAGAAUGUUAACCAGACAUAAAGGGCUUGAGGCUCUUCUCUAACCCCCUGUUACUUUGACUUUCCCUGGAAUCUGUCCGGAAAUGAAAUCACUCCUUAACUUCUGGAAGACAAGACACUGUGACCCCUCCUCUUUAUGCCAUUGUGGGCGUCACAUGUUAUUGUUUUUUUGACUUGGUACCAGUACUCCCUGUAUAUAGCCUCUUUAUUUUAAUUUUAUUGUUGCUCUUUUAUUUUUUACUUUUGUUUAUUUAGUAAUUAUUUUUCUUAAAUGCAUUGUUGGUUAAGGGCUUGUAAGUAAGCAUUUUACAGUAAGGUAAAAUUGUAUUCGGCGCAUGUGACAAAUAAAAUUGUAUUUAUCCGUGGUAGCUCUGUACAGUACAGAGCUAUCUGGAUUGAACCCCAGUGCUGUAUCUAUGGACUGUCUGUCUCAUAGUUUACCAAACUUUUUUGUAUAUCUUAUUUUAAAUCGACAAUACAAAUGUCCGCUCCCACAGAGAGUGCUCUGGUCAGAGGGUGCGCUCACCCCAAGGGGCUAACAAGGCCCCGGCCCAAAGAGAUUUUUCCAAAGGCUGGAAAAACCAAGCCUGAUUCGCGGGCGGGCAUGAAAGAAAGCGCACCCAUAAAUACCAGAACCAGCACACAUACCGCUCACAGCAUGAAGCCAAACCACAAAACAUAAAUAACGAAAAGCAAAACAUAAUAAUCACAUCCCACCCUCACCCCUGAUUGGAGGACAUCAAACAUUUGCCCUGUACAUUUCUGUUUCAACACACAAAUUUUGCCCUUCUGACAGCCACAGAUGAACCCAUCUUUCUCAAUAACUCAUCAUUCUACCAUGGUGUCUCACUAGGGACUUGAACCUCCCCAACUGCAACAUUUCUGCUGAAAUUGCCUUAAAAAUAACAUUUAUUUUGUUUACUUGACUGGCUGGCCCCAGUGAAGACAGGACAGGCGGAGCUCUAUGUAUUUGUCCCAAAUGGCACCCUUUUCCCUAUUUAGUGCAGUCAUAGGGCCAUAGGGCUCUGGUCAAAAGUAGUGCACUAUGUAGGGACUGGGGUACAAUUUGGGACAGAUGAUAUCUUUCUAUUACUGAUGAUUGUUGUUGGGAUGUUUUAAUUCUUGAUUCGGUGAAGGUCUACACCCACGCGGUCUGUUGAAUUGCACAAUGUGUUAAUCUGAGUCCUACAAUGUUA